UGAUUUUUCCAGGAAUUUGAUUGGUUAGACCUCAACUAAGGUUUGUGACUUGUCCGACUGCAUAAAUACGUGAAUCACGUCUUACAUUUCACUUGCAUGGCAACCAGAGCUGUACAGGUGAGAGGAUUCAGCAACUGGAGCAUCAAGCCUGUGAAGGUGCAAACAUGUCUUUCAAGUCAGGAAUGCACCUGAAUAUCAAAGGGGUCCCCAAAUGCAAUCCGAUUCGUUUCACGAUCGACGUGGGCCACACCAAGGAAGAGAUAGGGCUGCACUUUGACUUCCGCUUCAACUACUUAGGGGAAGAACGCACCAUUGUCUUAAACUCCAUGGAGGGCGGCAUCUGGAAAGAAGAGCAGAGAGAAAAACACUUCCCCUUUGAGGCAGGGCAGGAGUUUGAGAUGACCAUUUCCUUCACCAGUGACAAAUUCUCCAUUAAACUCCAUGAUGGCAAAGUGAUACAUUUCCCCAACCGACUGCAUGAUGACCACUACAAGUACCUUUCAUUGGUCGGAGAUGUCAUGGUCCACAAAAUAAUAGCAAAAUAAAGACCAACUAGGAGGUGCUAGACAUUCCUUUCUGGCUCCUAAUUGGCUGCUCUGCUCCCUGCUUCCUUCCUGCAGCUGUGCUAAGAUUGCACUUUGUCUGCCCCUCCCAAACAUCAGUGCCUUUAAUAUUGUGCUUCUCUGUAGCAUUGCUCUGGUGCCACUACAAGUACCUUUCAUUGGUCGGAGAUGUCAUGGUCCACAGCAUAAUAGCAAAAUAAAGACCAACUAGGAGGGGCUAGACAUUCCUUUCUGGCUCCUGAUUUGCUGCUCUGCUCCCUGCUUCCUUCCUGCAGCUGUGCUAAGAUUGCACUUUGUCUGCCCCUCCCAAACAUCAGUGCCUUUAAUAUUGUGCAUCUCUGUAGCAUUGCUCUGGUGUCUGUGGAAACUCACUGAGUAUGAGAAUCAUUCCUGCUUUGAUAGUAAAUCUCUAGCUUGUCAUGGAG